GACUUUCCAGUCCAAUUUAUAUUCAGUGUUUCUGUACAAAGAUCACAUUAUACAGCUGGGAGAUGACAACGCUACAACAACAAAUAGAAAAGCGUUACGAUCCAGACGACCGUACGCUGAAGUUUGUGAAAAGGAAGGAUGAGAUCACAGGAGAUGAUGAUCCUAAUAUUUUGCGAGCAGAAAUGUCCUGCAAACAUGCAGUUGAUCCAAAUUCACUGACCGGUUGGUGUCGAAGUCUCCUAGAUCAGGGUCAGUAUAAGUUCUUCUGCCCAGCACUAAAGGAGGGAACGACAGAGAAAUGUGGACAUGAAUGGCCCUAUGAUGAAGUUCGCAAGCUGGCAGUUCUGACCGCAGAAGAGCAGCAAUAUUUUGAGGAAACUGUUGCUGUGUUGGCUGCAGCUGAGUACUGUGAAUACCAAUCAUGUCCAGGAUGCAGCACAUUUGUUGAACGCAAAGACCUGGAUAACCUAAGUGUCCGCUGCAUUAUCUGUACUGCUGAGAAACGGAGUGUUUUUGAAUUCUGCUGGCAAUGCCUGAAGCCAUGGAAAGGACCUGGGCCACGUUCUGAUCGAUGUGACAAUGAAGGAUGCACCAACAUAGAAUUGGAUACACUGCGUACCUGCCCAUUAAUUAACCUCCCAGAUACUGUUGUGACAAAUUGCCCUUCUAUUCGGGCCUGCCCUACUUGUGGCAGGCUGCUUGAGCACAACCAAUCGGGUUGUAAAAAUAUUAGAUGCAGUAGGUGUUUUGUCGAAUUUUGCUUUGUCUGCCUUGAGCUGACGGCGACGUGCCAGGCCACCAGACAAGAGUCAUGGUAUAGUUAUUGUGCAAAAGCGAUGGCACCAAGGCAAAAUUCAAUACCAGUCUGGAAACAAAGAGGUUCUCAUUAGUUGUAUUACUAGUGAUGUUCACAAUAAGAUAACACAGGAUUUAAUGGGCUGAAUUUAAUUUCCUCCCCUCAAUGAGUCCGUUGGCAGGGAUUUUCAAUCAGGUGUGAAGUCACCAGAUGAGUACCCUUAAACUUUGAACUUUCACUACAAUCCCUCAGGGAAGGCCUAUGGACAGCCUUCUCUUUCUUUUUCCAGAAUUGGGACACUAUUGUGCACCACAAACGCACCCAGCCCAUAACAGUUGUCUAUUCCGGGCCUGCCUAGAAUCUAUGUAUUUUUUUCCCCAAAAUCACCUGUGAUUAUUUUUAUAUUUUACAGUGAGACAGCAAAUGAAGACAGCUUUAUAAAAAGGGUUUAUUAACAUUUUUUCCCACCACCCCAAGAAUACACCCAUGUAGCUAAUUGGCAAGCUAUGCCUGUUGAGGGCAAGGCUAAUGUUAAAAAGUGAGAGAGGUUAGGGAAAGAGGGAGGGGACUAGAAAGAGGCUUCAAAAUUGUCACAGCUCUUCGAUGAGGACUCUGAGAGCCAGGGAGGUGGGGUAGAGGUGAUGGGGAGACCCUACAGAGCACAGUAGCCAGAAGAGCCUCUGAAAACGCAGGCCUGACACCUGUUAAAAAUCAUUCAAAGCCUUAUGACUGCCAUUACUGCUUUGGAGCCCAUGACCACAAAGGUUCAGCUCUCAACCUCUUUGAGAUCACAAUCCUGACUUUGAGUAGUCCCUCCGUAAUUAUUCUCAAUACCAAAGUGGAGACUUCAUUGAUCAAACAGAUGAACUUCAAGAGUGAAUCCACUUUUCUGGAAAUUACAUGGAACAUUGAUGAAAUACAAGCUAGCAUAUGUGGUGGAAUAUUUGAUUAUGCUUGCCUGGAAAGAUUAAUUGAAUAAUAAUGGCUUGAAGUAAUUGCUGAACCUUACAUUUCAAAGCAUGUGGGAAUGUGAGCGAUUAACAUUUAAAUAGAAGAGAGAUUUUCCUCAGUCAUUUAUGUUAAACUAGAAGCUGGAUGAAGGAACUGGAAUCUUUAAACCAAAUGCGGGUAUCUUUACCUGCAAUUUUACUAUAAACUGUCUGCUUAUAAUCAAAUAAAUGAACAUGGUGCAAUAA